AUGCUGUUGAAGGAGCUCAAUUUGGGCCAGCACAAGUACGAGUUCUCCUCUCUGGCCGUGUCCCUGUCCCUCGAAGGCAAAGCGAGCCACAGAGAACUGACCUCCCGCCUGCUGUCUGAUCUGUCGGGGAAGAUGCUGUCGCAAAGUGAGAUGGGGCGAGCUUUCGACAAGAUGCUUAAAGAGCUCCCGGACCUCAUCCUGGACACACCGGAUGCUCCGCAGAUGUUAGGCCAGUUUAUAGCCAGAGCCAUCGCAGACCACGUCCUCCACAUGUCAUUCCUGGACUGCUACAAGGGCAAAGUGGACUGUGAGCAUGCCAGAGUGGCUUUAGACCGCGCUGCAGUGCUGCUGUCCAUGAAGAGGGAGAUGGUUCGCCUGGACAACGUGUGGGGUGUCGGCGGAGGUCUGAGACCUGUCAAACAUCUCAUCAAAGAGGUAAGCCUCACCCCAUUCAGAAACUGAUAAGUCGCUCGCUUGUGAUAUCAUAGUGAAUCCCUCACAUCGGAGUUCCAAGUGUUUAUUACAUUAUGUAAUGUAAACAGGGCGAAAACGGUGCAUGCUGGGUAGAGAGCCAAAGUCUAGCUGCUGUGUCAGCAAAGAUUUUUCCCCCCCUGAGAAGUGAGAAUUAAAAAAAAAAAGGCAUGGGAGGGGCAGACAUAAACAAACACACUCUCACAGUAGAGUCUCUUUCUGCCAAAUCAAUACAAUAAACAGUGUGUGAGAAUAUAAACAUGAUGUAAUUUAAAUCACCUUAUAAGCAUCAACAUAUGCAUAGAUUUAAAAAACCCAGUGUGUCCUGCAAUAACAUAAUAAAUAAAUGAUUAAAAUUAAGACCGUCUCAAUCGAUUCCUCUCCUUGUGUCUUGAUCCCUCCCUCUAAAGGUGUGAGGAGGCGAGGGAAAGACACAAGGAGACAGGAUUUGACACAACAAGCCUUCUCUCUCCUCUGCUCGUGUGAUGCACAUUAUGAACUGAGACACGCUUUAACGUGGCGUACUGAGAUUGGUUUCUAGGUCGCAGGCCGGAGGAUGGAGGACAGAGGACAGAGGAUUAGUGCAGAGUGUACCGUGCAACUUCAUGUACACUUAGGUUCAUAUGUUUCUGGACAGUGAUGAUAUUUUUGCGUCAGUACAAGCAAACAUAUUGAUUAAUAAUUCAUUUCCUCCUUUUAAAUUAUGGGGUUUAAAAAAAGGACCUUUUUAAUUGCUUAAAAAUGGGGUAUUGUUGUCACCCUGCCAGGUGGGCAGGGGCAAUGGACACGUACGUUUGUGAAUGCAACAACGUGAAAGCGAUGCGAUGUAGGAGGUUUAAAAUGAUACCGUAGGUUCAUCUACUUAAAAUCUUGGGACAAGUUUGGAUCUUAGUGACCUUGACCUAAGGGUCAGGGGUCAGAGGUAAAGUUUUAUAAAAAUCUACUGAAUUUGAUACAUAGGAUUUUAAAAUUGAUUCCAUAGCUGUCUGCUAGGAGGCUGAGGGGCAGCACUUGUGGUCACCAGUAUUUUUAUGCACAAUGACCUGCUUUUUUCCAGAAGCUCCAAAUUAAUUCGGCCGACUGAUGAGCAAUUUCAUGGCCAGGUGAGGCCUAUUCUCUUAUUUAAUGGCAGCUGAUCCAUCUGGAGAUCAUCAUAUCAGAGGUUAAUUGAAAAUGUUACAUUUCUGUUUUAUAGCUUGGCACUUUAAUUUUAAAUAUAAGGCUCGAGGAGAUCUCACUGCGGUAGAGGCAGUGUAUCAUUAGGCUGAAAAACUAAAAUAAAACCAGUUGGAGAGAACAAAAACUUUAGGAGUGACCACAUCAACAAUCUGCUGCAUUCUCAACAACACCAAAGUGGAGGUUAAUAGUUGUUUCCAUGGUUUCCGUGAGUUUCACUCAAGAACAAGAAGGGCAAAUUAAGA